AGGAGCGCAGCGACUGUAGACCUAAAGAAACAGGCAUGGCUUUAUUUCAGCUUUUCUUAAUCUCGGUUUUAGGUUCCUGCAUGGCACAGGACGAGGAUAUUAUGACUCCUGUGGUGAAUAUCUACUCUGAGUUGGAGAAGCUUAAAGCCUCAAUUAAAGGACUGACGGUGGAUCUGAACACUGCUAAAAAUGAACUCGCAGAGCAGAAAAGCUUGAUUCGGGAGCUGCAGAAACAGAUUAAAGAGACUCCUAAAGUGGCAUUCACUGCAUCAAUGUCAAGUACUCCGAGUGCACACCGAGGGCCUUUUAGUUCGGAGACCAAGCUCAUCUUUGAUAAAGUCCUAACCAACAUUGGCAACGCAUAUGACCCUGUCAAAGGAGUGUUCACGGCGCCUGUUAAAGGUGUGUAUUACUUCAGGUACUCAGGCGCUGCGUUUUCCUCUCAAGAUAUGGGUCUGAGCAUCUUUAAAGGCACGGCACGAUUUGUGUCUUCGUACGAAUAUAAUUCUGGUGAGCGCAACGACCAAAUAUCCAAUGGAGCCGUGAUGGAGCUGGAUGUUGGUGAGGAGGUUUACAUGAAUCUGUGGAUCAGAACCUGGAUCUUUGUGGAUCGACGGUACAACUACUCCACUUUCACAGGCUACCUGCUUUACCCAUUAGAUUCUACUUCUGUAUAAUUUUGUAUGUAUGAAUUCUUUAGGAAAUGUCAAAAAGAACUGUUUAAAAGUCUUAGCUUGUAUUUCUUUGUUGUGUUAAUCAUGCAUAAAUGUAAUUAAAAGUCACUAUUUCAGAUAUUUAGACAAAAA